AUGCUCUCCAUGAAUAUGAUGGGCCAUGCUCCUCGAGACAUGCAUGGUCAUCCGGGUGACAUGGGACAUGGUCAUCCUGGUGACAUGGGACAUGGUCAUCCUGUUGACAUGGGACAUGGUCAUCCUGUUGACAUGGGACAUGGCCUCCAUGGUGACAUGGGACAUGGCCUCCAUGGUGACAUGGGACAUGGCCUCCAUGGAGACAUGGGACAUGGCCUCCAUGGUGACAUGGGACAGGGUCCACCUGGAGAGAUGCCUUAUGACCAGGAAGAGGAUGCACCUGGUGAAUACCCUCCUGGUGAAGAUGAUGAAGUUCCACUGCCCCGAGCAUUGGAACAAGCCCUUGCAUACAAAAGUGAAAGAGCCAGGGAAGUUGGCAUUGAGCUAGAUGAUGAGAAUGACUUUCCAACUACACAUCAUGGCAAGUUUGAAGAGGCAAUUCCAUCAGUUCCUCCAGCCCCAGUGAUAUCCCAGUUGGUGGAUGAGGAUGAAGAGGAGACAGAGGAGAAACCAAAGAAGGAGAAGGGGCAAAAGAAAAAGAAGAAGAAGAAAAAGAGGAGAAAGCAUCACACAUUUAAUAAGGAGAAUACAGAUGCCAAGAAAGUAGCACCCAAGGAAGAGAAGCAGGUGGAAAAAGUGGAGAUUGAUUAUAUUCAAGAGAAGCUGGAAAUUAGCAGAUUUGACCCAGUGUAUGGUCAGUUUUUAAAAAUUCUUGAUGCCUUCAAGCUGGAAGAACCCGAGCAAAAAAAGGAGGAGGAUGAGAAGGCAGCAGCUGAGAGAAAGGCUGAAGAAGAAAGAAGAAGGGCAGAGGAGCUACGGAAAGUACCUAAGAAUCUGGAAGAAGAGCCUGAAGAAGAUAGUAAGGAGCAAGAACCAGGGAAGACAAAGCUCUCAAAGCGUCAGCUGAAGAAGCUAACAAGGUUGAGCAUAGCUGAAUUGAAGCAGCUGGUACCUCGGCCUGAUGUAGUUGAAAUGCAUGAUGUUACAGCUCAUGACCCAAAACUCCUUGUCCAUCUGAAGACAGCACGCAACACUGUCCCAGUCCCUCGGCAUUGGUGCUUCAAGAGAAAGUAUCUUCAAGGGAAGCGAGGAUUUGAGAAGCCACCAUUCCAGCUUCCUGACUUCAUCAGAAAGACUGGAAUCCAGGAAAUGCGACAGGCACUGGCUGAUAAGGAGGAACAAAAGUCGUUGAAGGCAAAAAUGAGAGAGCGGGUUCGACCAAAGCUUGGGAAGAUAGAUAUUGAUUAUCAGAAGCUUCAUGAUGCCUUCUUCAAGUGGCAGACCAAACCCAAGAUGACAAUUCAUGGCGACUUGUACUAUGAGGGGAAGGAAUUUGAGACACGACUGAAAGAGAAGAAGCCCGGCGAGCUGAGUGAUGAAUUACGAAUUGCAUUGGGAAUGCCAUUGGGUACAGCUGGCAAUAAAGUCCCUCCACCGUGGCUCAUAGCAAUGCAGCGUUAUGGUCCUCCACCAUCUUAUCCCAAUCUUCGCAUUCCUGGCCUUAAUGCCCCCAUCCCUGAUGGAUGCUCAUUUGGGUAUCAUGCCGGUGGUUGGGGGAAACCACCUGUUGAUGAGAUGGGGCGCCCCCUUUAUGGAGAUGUGUUUGGCUCCACAUAUUCUGAGCAGCAGGAAGCAGAAGUGGAGGAGGAAGAGGUAGACCGUUCACUUUGGGGAGAGAUGGAGAGUGAGAGUGAGAGUGAGAGUGAGGAAGAAGAAGAGGAAGAAGAAGCAGGAGAGAAAGUGGGUGAACCAGGAGAAGCACAGCAGAUAGAAGAAGGAGGUCUUGUGACUCCUGGACUUGUCACACCCUCAGGGAUGGCCUCUAUCCCUUCCCUUCCUGCUGGUAUGGAGACUCCAGAGCUUAUUGAGCUGAGGAAGAAGAAAAUUGAGACAGAAAUGGAAGGUGGGGAGACACCAGCACUAUAUCAGGUCCUGCAGGAAAAGCCAUCAGAAGGUAUUCGUGGGGCAAUGAUGGGCUCAACUCAUACAUAUGAAAUGAACAUUGGAGUCGCACCUGUCGGAGCGGGCUCUAGCAUUGAGGGUGGGGUUGACGUCACCCUGGACCCAGCAGAAUUGGAUCUUGUUGGAACAGAGGCCAUGAGAGCCAAAUAUGAGCAGACACUCCGGCAGCAGCAAGCAGCCAGGGAACUUGGACUUGGAAAGGAGGAUCUCAGUGACAUGGUUGCUCAGCAUGCUGCCAAACAAAAGAAUAAGAGGAAGCGGCAGCAAGAGAAGCAAGAAACAGCCAAGCAAGCCAAGAAAUACAGAGAUGUAUCUGACAGCCCUCUUGGUACAGUGCAACUUGGAAAUCCUGAACCAAGAGAAGAAUCUCAGAAGACAAGUGACCUUUUGGCUACAGUCAGUGGAGAAUGUUAUGAAUCUCAGGGAUCUUGCUGCUGGAAGAUCUCAGAAAGUCUUGAAGCUGCUCUCGCCAACUUACCCAACGAGAUUUUGACAAACACAGAGACCACAAGAGAAGCAUCAAAUUUAGUCCCACCUGGAACUUCUCAAGUAAAGCACUCAAACAAGGAGAGCAUGUCCCCAUAUUUUUCAGCUAAGACUUCCAGAGACAUCUCAGAAUCUGGAGCAGUCUACAUAGACAAUGCAUCUGGCUUUUCUUCUUAUAUUCGUCCUCCCCUUCUAAAUGAAGUCAAUGCAAGCCAACAGCUUCCCCAAAUGAACCCAUCUGUGAAUGAGAAAUUGAAGAAGUUCAGACGAAUCCUGGGGAAUGAGUCUUUCAUGCCAUUCAUCCCACAGAGUCCUAGCAAGAGACUAAAUCUUCCUAAAGGAGCUCAAGGUGAGAGGAAGAAAGCAUCAAAUAACCUCAAGGUUAUAGAGAAGAUGAAGAAGUCCAUGAAGGAGAUGGGCCUUUUUGCUGUGACACCUGCAGAAGUGACCUUGGGCACCCAGUGGGGUGUUUAUGACUAUCAAGUCCCAUGCACCCUCAACCGGCACCUCUUCAACACUAUCCAGGUACUAGGGCAAGUAGAUCAAAAGUUGAUAGUUGUGAAGGGAAUUGUUGAGGAUGGUGAGGAAUGGAUGCUAUUUGUGGACCAGCAUGCGGCACACGAGCGGGUUCGACUUGAGAAACUCACUCAAAGUGCUUGUAAGCUGGACAAGAAAGGAGAGCCUGAGGUCUUGUCUCUUGGCAUUCAUCCUCCUGUUCAAGUAGAUCUCCUCCAAGAGGAAGUCCACAUCCUAGACUUAUACCGAUGCACUGAUGAUUCAAAGAGUGAUAGGGGUUCAUUCAUCCUCUUGGAAUUGGCAGGUGCCAUCAAAUUCAAUGAGAGUCUGACAAAAGUGGAGUGCAAGGAGCUGUUGAGGCAGUUGUCAGGGGAGAGUGGUUCUGCAAAUUUGGAAUACUUGUGCAAGAGAUUUGGACAUGCAGAGGUGCCAGUAGCAGAAUGUCAUGAGAGGGACACAUAUGAUUCCCUCCAGGUGCACAAAUGGACCUUUUCCAAGUACUUGGAGUACCUGGAAGGAGAUGAGAGAAGAAAAUUAUUUUAUCUGAAGGACUGGCAUUUCUUCCAAGACUUCCCUCUAGAGCCAGUUUAUGAGACCCCUGUGUAUUUUUCAUCAGAUUGGUUGAAUGAGUACUGGCAGGAAUGCCAGGGUAGUAAAGAUGACUAUCGAUUCGUAUAUUUUGGACCCAAAGGAUCCUGGACUCCUUGGCAUGCUGAUGUCCUGAGAUGGGCCAAGUGGGGUUGGGGAUGGGACCUGAACCCCUCGGCCCCUCCUCCUCCAUUCUCUGUGGUGUGUCUCUGCUUGUCACACAGCUGGUCAACAAACGUAUUUGGGCAGAAGCGAUGGCUCCUCCUCCCACCAGGUUCAGAGGUGCCUUAUAUUGACUCUCACGGGAACAUGAGAGACUCUCCCGUGGGACCAGAAGUCAUUCAGGUCAUCCAGAAUCCCGGAGAGACCCUUUGGGUGCCAUCGGGAUGGUUCCAUCGUGUGGAGAAUCUGGAGGACACCCUGUCCAUCAACCACAACUUCAUCAAUGCGACUAAUGCCCACCAUGUAUUGGAAUUCCUGUUGAAGAGGCUGCAGGAUGUGAGAGAGGAAAUCUCGGAUUGUUCAGACAUGGACCAGUGGGAUUCACAGUGCCAGCUUCUCUUGAAAUCCGUUGAGAGCAUGGAUCUCAAGGACUAUGGGGAUUUCUUGAGUUGGAUCGCCAAGAGACGGAUGGAAGUUCUCCAGGACAAGGUACUGUGUAGCAUCCAUGGGAGGGUGAUCGGGAGGAACCACGCCAUGUUUGACCUUCAUCGCAUCCACUCCAUCUUCUCCCGAAUGGCUAUCACACCUGACACCAGAGAAGUCCUGGAUCAAACAUUACUCCAGAACAUUCAUCAUCACAUCUCCACCUCAUGACGUCUCUUCUUUUUUUCCUAUUUGUUUCAAUGAAAUCAUCGUAUUUGUUCCUUUCAAACUUGAAAGAAUACAUACUGCGUU